GGCAUCAGCAACGUCACCUUCGCCACCAUGGCUGAAAAGACCCUGGGAACCACGGGAGCCUCCGCCGCCACCUUCCUAUACAUCUUCCACAACUAUGCGCUGCUGGUUGCAUAUGUGGCACGGGCCGGCCAGAUUAUGGCCUCCGCAGGCAACUUGACGCCGCUGGCUGGUGCAGCGUUGUUCGCGGUGGGCUUUGGCGGCAUCUGCUACGCGUGUACACCCCGCCAGUUCGACCGCAUCAACGGCCUGCUGCUGGGCUUGGCAGGCGCUUCUUUUACGGCGCUUCUGGUGGUGGCUGGCUCUCACAUAGACCUGCCGGUGCUGUCACGUGCUGACUGGUCCGCCGUACCGCCCACCAUUCCCGUCAUCGCCCUGGCCUUUGUCUACCAUAAUAUCGUACCUGUGGUGGUGAACAACCUGGAGUGCGAUGCCGCCAAGGUGGCGGUGGCGGUAGACGCCGCCGCAACUGCUGCGGCGGCGGCAGCCGCCGCAGCUGCCAGCGCCGCGGUCGCUGGCGUUGCCGAAGGCGGAGGCGGUGUUGUCAGCUCGGCGGAACUUACGGCGGCGCUGGAUCCCCUGGCGCUGCUGCAGCGGGCGGGUGGGCCAGUGGUGGGGCCGCUGGUGCAAGUGUUUUCCUUCCUGGCGAUUGCCACCUCGUUCACGGGAUUUGUGCUGGCGGCUGUGGACUUCCUACCGGAUGCCUUCAAGCCUCUGGCGGCAGUGCCCCGGGAAGCCAGGUACGCUCUGGUUGUGCUCCCGCCCAUAGUGUUAUCCACGGCGUCCCCCGGCAUUUUCUUCGCAUCGUUGGAUAUUGCGGGCACAUACGGC